UCCGUUUCAUGCUCCCCCAGUUUCCGGAAGAUCUCUGUACAAUGAUGGAGAAAAUGGAAUCCUAAGACCGUACCCAACUAUUCAAGCGGAUUUGUUAGAAUAAAACGACCAAAGUCCAAGAUAACGAAUAACGACACAAAUACAAGACAGGUACUGUGAAUCAGCUGGAUCGUGGUGACUCAGCGAUAGACAGCGUUUAUCUCCAGCUUCUCUCCCUUCGACACCCGAUGGAGGGCUCCGACAGUUCCGAGCCGGGCGCCAGUGACCAACCAGAGGCCCAGCGCAGGCGGCAACGGGACCGGCUAGACCGGGAGGAGGCCUUCUACCAGUUUGUCAACAACCUGAGUGAGGCAGACUACCGGCUGAUGAGAGACAACAACCUGCUGGGUACCCCAGGUGAGAUCACAGCAGAGGAGUUGUUGAGUCGGCUGCAGCAGAUUAAGGAUGGACCAGAGCAGCAGCAGCCUAUCAUCAACACCAGUGAGACUGGAGAAGCUACAGGAGAACUGGCAGAAGGUCCAGAGGACCCGUCUAAUGGCGACACCCUCUUGGAUUGGCUGAACACCGUCAGGCGGACAGGCAACACCACCCGCAGUGGUCACCGAGGCAACCAGUCAUGGCGGGCGGUGAGCCGGACCAACCCAAACAGCGGAGACUUCCGGUUCAGUCUGGAGAUCAACGUUAACCGUAACCUGGCUGAGCAGCAGGCCCGCGCGGAGGGGGAGGCUGAGGCGCAGGAGGAGGCCCCAACUAGAGCACCUGGCAAUGGGGUGGAGGUCCAGCCUGAGGCGGAGGCGGGGACGGAGGUGCCCAUGGAGACAGGAGAGGUGCUGGAGGAACCAGUUGUGGAGGAGAUGGCUGUCAUAGUGGAACCAGAAGCGGAGAUGGAGCCAGAGGCUGAAGUAGAAGCUGAGCCAGAGGCUGAAGUAGAAGCUGAGCCAGAGGCUGAAGUAGAAGCUGAGCCAGAGGCUGAAGUAGAAGCUGAGCCAGAGGCUGAAGUAGAAGCUGAGCCAGAGGCUGAAGUAGAAGCUGAGCCAGAGGCUGAAGUAGAAGCUGAGCCAGAGGCUGAAGUAGAAGCUGAGCCAGAGGCUGAAGUAGAAGCUGAGCCAGAGGCUGAAGUAGAAGCUGAGCCAGAGGCUGAAGUAGAAGCUGAGCCAGAGGCUGAAGUAGAAGCUGAGCCAGAGGCUGAAGUAGAAGCUGAGCCAGAGGCUGAAGUAGAAGCUGAGCCAGAGGCUGAAGUAGAAGCAGAGAUGGUCCCAGAGUUAGUAGUAGAGGUAGUCCCACAGCUGCCCAGCCCUGUCACCACCACCCCUCCUGUCUCCAGACCAGCCAGUCCCCUGGUGCAGGCCCCUCCAGCAACCCCUGCCCCUCCUAGCCCGCCCCCUGAGGAGCCUCCGCGACGGGGCCAGAGACGAGCCCGCAGCCGUAGCCCUGAGCAGCGCCGGACCAGGGCUCGCACCACACGAAGUCGUUCCCCCCUCACCCUGGACCGACUCCCCCGCCACGUCCCCACCUCAGCCACCUCACACACCCCCGCCACCCAGGCACCCGCAGAGGGAAGCUCACGGACUCGACAGCAUGUUCUGUCCCGGCAGAGCACCGCAGAGUACGAGACCCAGUCAGCCGGAACAGGGUUUGACACAGGUUCUGGGAACGCCCCAGAGCCCGGUACCACCCCACCCCAGGAGGGAGAGGCCACGGGCGGGGAGGGAGCAGCAGGACGACGUCCCCCCACCAUCAUGCUGGACCUGCAGGUGCGUCGUGUUCGUCCAGGUGAGUACCGCCAGAGGGACAGCAUUGCUAACAGAACCCGCUCACGCUCCCAGAACUCCAACAACACCUUCCUGUACGAGAGUGAGAGGGGGGGGUUCCGCAGGACCUUCUCCCGGUCCGAGCGUGCGGGUGUGAGGACGUACGUCAGCACCAUCAGGAUCCCCAUCAGGAGGAUCAGUGAUGCAGGGUUGGGAGAGGCCACCUCCAUGGCUCUGCAGACCAUGAUACGACAGAUCAUGACCGGCUUCGGAGAGCUCAGCUACUUCAUGGACUCAGACUCUGACUCCUCGGACUCAAACCGUGGAGGUGGUAACCCCACUGGCGCUGCCGACCUGGCCGAGGCGCUCAAUACUCCUGACGGGGGCGUAGCCGGCAUGGCGGAGGGGGCGGAGCCUCCUGUCUCAGUGAGCGGGCAUAGUAUUGGAGGAGCCGGGGAGGCAAGGACAGAGGAGAGGGAGGGGGAGGACGGGAUGGGUCUAGGUCUGUCCCCAGGGAUAGGUUUAGGGGUGGGGGGCACCCCCAGGGAGGGGCGAGCUCGGCCCCGUGCCCCCAUCAGUCUGGAGGAACCAGGGUCACUACCCUUCCUCCGCCUUGCUCACUUCUUCCUCCUGAAUGAUGAGGAUGAGGAACAGCCCAGAGGACUCACCAAGGAGCAGAUCGACAACCUCUCCACCAGGAACUUUGGGGAGAGUGAUGCUCUGAAGACCUGCAGUGUGUGUAUCACAGAGUAUGCUGAGGGGAACAAGUUGAGGAAGUUGCCCUGUUCUCAUGAGUACCAUGUUCACUGUAUCGACCGCUGGCUGUCUGAGAACUCCACCUGUCCUAUCUGCCGCAGGGCCGUGUUGGUGUCUGCUAACCGGGAGAGUGUGGUCUAACCUGGAGAGCUGGAGGUCAGGGGUCAACGGUGCUCCAGGCAGACAGUAUAUAACACCGUGUCAGUUCUGCAGGCCUUUCUCCUAGUCAGACCACUUACGUUGUUCAUGUUUUCAUUCUUAAGACAUCACUGACUUUUAUCCAACUGACAUGCUGGUGUUUGGACAGACAGACAGAGAGACUGACAGGAAGGAAGGAAGGAAGGAAGGUGAUGUCCUCAUAGACUCUGUAGGAAGAGAUGUGAGAAAGAGAUGCAACUGUCCCCUGUUGGCUAACAGACCCCACUCUCCCCUACCUGUCUUACCCCAAAAGGGACUGUCCCCACCUGAAAGACUUAACUGCAUUUAUCAAUACUCUGGAACGGCUCACAGACUGUCAGUGUGUCAAAGCUUGCUGAAUUAGUUUUUAAGUUAAAACUGUAGAAUGUUGUACAGGCUUUAAUGGGGAGAACAAGAUGUGACGGACUUGGAUUCCGUUGGGAAUUCUAUCAGUUUAUUUGGACUUGUAUUGCAUCAUAUUCAUGACAUCGGACCAAUAGUACUGAUUAUUGAUUAUGAACUGUGUUGAACCGUUGUUGAGAAGGGAUGUAGGUAUCUGUUAACUGAUGCUAGUAUGUAGUCUAACUCUAGCCCAUCACAUGAAGCAUUGAUCUGGCCUGUUUCUAUUUCUGCCCUCUGACAGUGUUUCAUCAUGACCUGGCCUGUGUACACAAAGCAUAUCACAGUAUCAGUGGGGAUCUAGGAUCAGUCCGUCAGUGUGGAUCUAGGAUCAGUCCGUCAGUGGGGGUCUAGGAUCAGUCGGUCAGUGGGGGUCUAGGAUCAGUCCGUCCGUGGGGGUCUAGGAACAGUCCGUCAGUGGGGGUCUAGGAACAGUCCGUCCGUGGGGGUCUAGGAUCAGUCCGUCAGUGGGGGUCUAGGAUCAGUCCGUCAGUGGGGGUCUAGGAUCAGUCCGUCAGUGGGGGUCUAGGAUCAGUCCGUCAGUGGGGGUCUAGGAUCAGUCCGUCAGUGGGGGUCUAGGAUCAGUCCGUCAGUGGGGGCGGGGUCUGUCCAUAUAAUCUUAUUCAUUAUGACCUAAAAGGGCCAACUGAUCCUAGAUCAUCACUCCUACUCUGGGAGUAGGAUCCUAACCCUGUCACUAUGACAACCUGUUGGUUCUGCUACCAUAUGACCAGGAAGUGAACAGACGGCAUUAUGGCUCCGUCUUCACCAGCCUAUCUCUAUAUAGUGCACUACCCAUAGGACUCUAGUCAGAAGUACUGCUCUAUAUUGGGGAUAGUGCCGUUUGGGAAUCACAUUUAUGGGUUCCAUGUGGUGUUGCAUGAAGGAUCUGGAUUUAGACCCCUGCCGGGCCAGGUUUAGACCCGGGCCAGGGUUAUUAAGCCCGGUGUCUAACCCUGCCUGGUUAAACCCAGGCCAGGUUAAACCCCGGCCAGGCCAGGUUAGACCCCAGGCCAGGUUAAACCCCGGCCAGGCCAGGUUAGACCCCGGCCAGGCUGCUGCCUCUGUCCUGUGUUUUGGCCUAGAACUUCAACCACCAAGAGACAUCUUCAUAUCUGAAACACCAGUGCAAUAACUAGAGUGGGAAAACUGAAGAAGUGUAAUAUUCUCAACUUGUAUAUUAUUAUUUCUAAAAUAUUGUAGACUGAAUAUUCACAGUUAAAACAAAGACUUGUUCCCUUUUAAAAAUGUGUUAAUCUUUUUAUUUUCUUGAGCUUGGUUCUUUGUGUACAUUCUGAUAGCGCUCUUUCUUGUUGAGCGGUGGGCCUGUAGGAUGCUGUAGGUUGGCUGUUCACACAGAGGGAGGGAGUGUUCCAUGCCAUGAUGACAUCACAUUCUAUAGGUUCCAUGUGUUCUCACGGUUGCCGUCAUUACCUCCUCCCUGUACAAAUAAAGUUUUGGGUGGUUGAAGCUCUGUUAUUGUUGAUAAUGACCCGUUGUAAAUGAACUGUAUUGUGUCUUUCUGACUUUCUGUCUUACUAACCUGGCUAUCUUCAUCAAGGCCUCCUAGUGCAUUGGUCCCAAAUGGCUCCCUAUUCCCUAUAGUGACUUACUUUUGACCGGAGUCCAAUGGGCUCUGGUGAAAAGAAGUGCACAAUAAAGGGAAUAGGUUGUUUGGGUCACAGGCCAGUUGUGUGUUUUAACAGGCUGUAGUUUAACAUCCGUAUGCUCACAAAGGGCACCUCUCUAUCAUGAAAUACAGUGCAUUUGGAAA